CAUAACUUUCCUCCCCAGCUUCUCUUCAGUCUCCUCCUGUCCUUUUCUAAAGGCCUAACCUUUUUCACUUUUAACGGCAACCAAUGGCGGAUUGGGCUCCGGUUCUCGUCGGAGUUGUCCUUUUCGUGAUCCUCUCUCCGGGACUGCUCUUCUCAAUACCCGGAAAUAACCGAGGGGUAGACUUCGGUAACCUUAAAACCAAUGGAAAAGCCAUAGCUGUUCACACUCUCAUCUUCUUCGCCAUUUACUCCAUUUUGAUCCUCGCCGUUAAUCUCCACAUCUACGCCGGUUGAUCUGUUCUAGGCCUCUCUUUUUUUUGUUGCUUAAAUGAAAUAAAUGUGUAACCCUUUUUAAAAACAGGUAUAGAAACUCUGUAAUUAGGGUUCUUUAUGUACCUUAAAUCUAUAGUUUUUGUUCUGAUGUUGUAACAAAUAGAUUUGGUGAAAAGGGUUAUGUUGUACUUGUAUUGUUAUUUCAGUUUGCUUCUUUUUAAUAUAUUUUGUA